CAGAAAUUAAAAAAAAAAAAGAAAAAAAAACCAAAAAAAAACCUGAAGCUAUAUAUAAGAUAUACUACUUCUUUACUCUUUCUUCUUCUUUCCCACUUCUUUGACAAACGGAAAAUCGCCCAAAAUUACGGUAAUUAUUUAUCAUAGCGAUAGCAACCAUCAUUACCAUCAUAAUAGUAGUGCGUCUAUUAUGAAUCAGCAAGAUGAAGAAGACUUGUCUUACCUGAAUGACUUUCAAGAAAUUUUACAAUCGGAAGUCUAUGUGGAUCUGGAACGAUUACGUAUACUCGCCAGACAUGGUAUACCCGAAAGUAUACGAGGUGAAGUUUGGAAAUAUUUAUUAGGAGUACAACAAGCAGACCGCUCCAAAGAACUAUCUUCAAGUAAAGCAAGAAAUGAAGAAUACGAUCAAUUGGACAAAAUGGAUAAUGAUUUAGCAAAAAGAAUUCGAGGCGAGCUAAGUCGGUAUCAGAGAAGAGUACCCGAAUUUCAAGGACAAGAUUAUACACAGUCUUUUGUGAACAUCAUCACAGCCUAUCUAAAUGCAAAUCGAGAUGUAGAAUACAAUCCAAAUUUGAUAGCACUAUGUGCACCGUUUAUCUAUGUAUCAGAAACAGAAUGUGAUGCCUAUUCUUGUUUUGAAAGAUUAAUGCAAGCAAUGGACGAAUAUAACUCAAAUAUUAGCCUUAAAGAACAAGUAGCACAAUUCAUGACCUUAUUUAGAUAUGGAUUGCCAGAAUUAUGCAGUUAUUUUGACGAAGAAGAGGUAGAUUUGAAUGAGUGGUCGACUUCUUGGUUACAAAAUUUACUGUCCAAAGAAAUGCGGUUCGAAAAUUUGGUUAGACUGUGGGAUACCUACUUUGCCAUGACUGAUUUUUUUGCCUUCCAUCCCUUUGUUUGUUUAUCUAUUCUGCUCAGUGCCAAAGAAGCGCUUGAAGAUUUGGAGCAAUCUGAAAUAAGAACCAUGCUACUACGAUUACCCUUAUUAAAUAUGGAAAUGAUUAUAGCGGAUGCAUACAAUUUCAGACAUGAAACCAUUGAAAGACAAAUGAACGAAAACGGUGAACUAUAGCAAUGAUUUAUGCUGCUUUCCAAAUUGCUAUUAUCUAUAUACACAUCUACACUCCCUCUUUUAUUCUUAAUAUAAUUAUAUUAUCAACACUUUCUAACAUAACAUAAACCAACAAUUUAACCGUC